CGUUUGUCGGCUACGAAAGGAAAAUGGCGGAUUAUUAAAAUUUUAUUACACAGUCUAAUCACAAUUAGUUACAGAAGACUUUAAGUGUUAAGAGGUGUCUGUUGAAUUGACAGAAAUGACAUCUGUAAAAGGUGUUGCAGAGGUGAGCUCUGCAAGAAGUAGAUUGGAUGCGACAUUACAGUUAAUGGUUGAUAAAAAAGAUGAGGGGCAUGUCUCAAGUGAAGAUGAAAUAUCCCAGUCAGAACUAGCUACAAGUGUUUCAUCACCAGUUGUGUCACCAAGUAAACGAGCGGCAAACAGAUCAGCUAGAAAACGUAAAAGAAAAGAGGAUUUUGAUUACAGUGAUGGGCAGGUUCAUCAUCAGUACAUAAUGAAGUUAUUUGACAGAAGUGUAGAUCUUGCCCAGUUUGAUGAAGAUUCACCAUUGUACCCCAUCUGUCGAUCGUGGUUAAAGAAUCGUCCGUACGACAGAGAUACCAUGGAUAAAGACAAGUCAUCAUCUCCAGAACACGAGGCUCACAGUGACGAAGAGAUAGAUGGCAUUCCAAAUGUGUACAAGAUGCCAAAGCCAAUAAAAGCCGAACCAGAUGAUACAAGAGACUAUAGAAUACCAGAACCAUUACCAAACACAGAUGCACCAUUAGAUAUAAAUGCAGAUCCAGACUCUGCACCACCACCUGAACAGUUACUACUAGGACACAUGUCCAGAUGGAAAGAAGUUAGAAUAAGAUGGAGAGAAGCAGGAUUUCAAAAUGAGUCUAGAUUUGCAGACAGUAUGAACUUAAUCAGGGAAAUAUUUGAAAAUCAGAUGAAAGAAGGAUGAAGAAACUAAAUGGAAUUAAUUGUUCUACAAAUCUUGGGCAAUGAAUUCUUGUAACCCGUCAUAUGAAGGAUUUAGUGCCAUUUGAUAUGUAUUGUAAACUGAGAAAUAAAUACCAGGAAACUGUGAUGAAAAUGGGCAAUAAAAGAAGUUUGAAUAUUAAAAAAGAUUUUUAUACAUAAAGAAGAACGAUGUUGUGCAUAUGGCAAAAAUGUUAUCAGUUGUAGAAUGCUAUUUUAUGUUCAUGGCUGCUUAGGAAUGUAAUUUGAUAAUAUAAUGUAUGUAAAGUCUGUCAAGUUUUUUUGAGUUCUUUAUAAUCCUAAAUAUUCAUAAAAUAUUUGCCACUGGACAUAAAGAAGAGAACAAUAAAUCAAUAAAUAAUUAUUAUACGCCCGUUUACGGGACGUAUUAUGAUAUACCGUUGUACGUCUGUCCGUCAUCAACAUGUCGGACAAUAACUCAAAAACCCUUUAACCAAUUUGCAUGAAACUUUGGUGAAUUGUUUAUAUCUAUUGACGUGAGCUCCCUUUCUAUUUUUAUCGAUUUUAGAUUUUUCAUUUCCGAGUUAUGGGAUUUUAUUCAUAAAAAAAGUUUUUUUUUUCCAGUUUUCUGACAAUAACUCAAAAAUGCUUUGAGCAAUUUUCAUGAAACUUUGGUGACUGCUUUAAUUCUAUUAAAUUAACCUCUGUUUAGUUUUUUAUAAAUUUCUGAUAUGACAUUGAGGAGUUAUUGAACUUUAUUCUGUAAAAAAGUGACGGGCGUAUCAUGCGCUCAUGACGCAGCUCUUUAUUGGUUUUUGCUUCUAUUAAUCCCGUCUGCAAUGAAAAAUCUAUUUUAUGAGUAUGAAGUGCUAACUUAAGAUUGGAGCUAAUAAAUCAUGUUUGAAAUAGGUAACUGGGAGCCUUUGAAGUAUAAAAAUCAAAAUGGGAAGCAGACAGGAGAUGUAAGUUUACCAUCUUGUAGCACUUGGUUUUGAUCUGUAACAAAUACUUUCAAGAACCAAUAAAUGUAAAUAGUUAAUAAUUAUGCCUUAAUUAUUUUUUAACAGUCAUAGAGUUUAUCAAGUGACAAUAAAUGGUGGAAUAGUGUCUAAUGAUUACAUGAAAUGUGCUACAAUCACCUGUAUUCAACUUCAUAGGGGUGAGCUAUCUAGCAUUUAUCCAUCUUCCCCCUAGAAUUUGACUGUUGAUCAUUAAAUUUCACAAUCUACUGUGAUGUCAUUCACUGCUGUAUUGAAAUUAUCUUCCUUGUGACAAUCAGUGUCCUAAAUUUAAUAGUUGUUUUAUUGUCAUAAAGCGGUAAUUCGGUGUAAAAAGAUGGUACAUGUAAUACUUUUCUAUAGUAAUAAAUCUCAUAGUUUGAA